AUGGGGUUUAAGAUAUGUUUUAGCAAUAGGAGUUUUGGUUUAGGAGCUGCUCGUGUCGCUGAGCCUAUCUUAGCUUCUCUGAAACAUCAGCUUAAGGUUGAAGCUCUUGAUGUUAUGAAUCUAUUCUCGAACGCUCUGCAAGGUAAUGUUCUCUCGUCUCUCAACUUAUCAGACAAUGCGUUGGGUGAGAAGGGUGUUAGAGCGUUUGGCACGCUCUUGAAAUCUCUGAGCUCUUUGGAAGAGCUCUAUUUGAUGAACGAUGGUAUCUCUAAAGAAGCUGCACAAGCGGUUUCAGAGCUGAUUCCUUCAACGGAGAAGCUGAGGCUGAGAGACGAGGGGUGUAUUCAGAUAGAAAAGAGUGUGGAAGAGGAUCAUUCGAAGUUGCAGUAUAUUGAUAUGAGCAAUAAUUACAUAAGAAGAGAUGGAGCAGUGGCCUUGGCUGGGGUUGUUAUGAAGAAAGAAGCUUUCAAGCUGUUGAACAUAGAUGGGAAUAUCAUAUCAGAGGAAGGUGUUGAAGAAGUUAAAGAGAUGUUUAAGAAAAAGCAGAGUUGCUUGGGGGUUUGGAUGAGAAUGAUCCUGAUGGAGAAGAAGGAGAUGAAGAGGAUGAUGAGUUGGAGUCAAAGUUGA